GUCCAAUCAGAGACAGGGGGAGGCAGCUCUACUGUUUGUUGUUUCCUUGCGCCGGACGAUGGAAGAUGAAUGAGGCGCCUAGCUUGCUUUCGGCUCCUAAGUGCAGCAACACUGCAUAUUAAUUUGUAGCUGAAGUAAAAAAAAAAAUCAAAAUAAAUAUAGAAUUGAUCCGACUGUUAUUGCGCUUAAACGUAGCUGGAAGGCUAAUCGAUGCAGAGGUACAUUGGUCACAACAAACGGUAGCAUGCACGGGAAGGAGUCGCUGGAGGUGGAUGCAAGUUUCAAAUUUUCAGGCUGAGGGAAGAGAGCUACCAUGAACCCAAGCCUUAACAACUGCAUGAUGCCCAGCUGUACCAGCAGCAGCAUCACUGAACUGCUGAGUGCCCUGUGUGACUGCAGCCUUUCUGGGGUGUCAUGGAAGCGCAGAGCACUGGGAGGAGUCUCAAGAGAAAGUUUCCACAGGGCUCUUAAAAAACGCGCCUAUGGUGCCCUCCUGUCUAAGCUGUUUCAAGAUGGCACCAAAGGACCUGCACCAGGACUGAGUGCCACAGCUAAUACACCACCGAGAAAUAAAGUCUUGAUGAUAUGUUUUGAUUUACGCGUGGCUGGCUGUCGAGAGGAAGCAGAAAGGCUGGAAGAGCAGCUCGGGAGGCUGUUAGCGGGAGAAUACUCUGGUUUGAAGGAAGUGGAUGCAGUCCUUGACCUUCUUGUGAACCUAGCUGGGUCGGCACCUCCUCCCCCUACCUCGUUCAGCAGGGACUAUAUGAGAAGAGAGAGGCCUGUGCUGCGGAUGCCUCAACCAUGGAGCUACCAAAGUGAGGACUUGCAGAGGCUGGAGGCACGGGCAUGGGGUCUGGUGUGUGGGGAGGAAUGGGGGACUUUGGAGAGUCUGUAUGGAACUCAGAGGCUGAUGGAUGCUCCACCUGGCACAGGACUGCUAGCUUUGAGAACAAAACUAGAAGCAGAAGAAAGAUUUGAAAAGGAGACCAGGCUGACGCUGUUUGGAGCACUGCAGCACACUCGCACCUCGGACAUGGACAUAAGACUAGAUCUGCCUCCAAUCCCCAGUAAUAUUGAUGUAACAGGGUUGGCGAUACGAGUGCCUCCUUGUUUAGAUCAGUGUGAAGAUGAGGGCUUCCAGUCAGCCUCCAACCUGACCCCAGACUCUCAGUCAGAGCCUAGCCCCAUUCCAGACUUUGAUAUCUGGGAGGCUCUACGCACAUUUGAGCCUGGAAGACGCCGCUGCUGGGAGUCUGUUGGCUGCCCACCUGGAAAAAGGGAGUCUUUCUAUCUAACAGAGGGAGGCAGGGAGGCCUUUGACCAGCUCUAUCGGCUUUGGGAGGGUGAAAUGAGGGUGGUGAGCACGAGCACACCGUCUCCUGUCCUCCCCUUACCCCUGGACUCCCAGAAGCAACUGGUGUCUGAUCUCCUUAACGUCCUGAUUGGAGUGGCUUCUACUACUUUUCCUCUCAACCAGAGUGUUCAGUUUGACGUCAGGCCCGGUGUGUGUGUGUCGGGAGCCUCUCCAGAGAGCGUGUCUCGUCUCUUGGGGGAAUUGGCCCAGUACGGCACCUAUUAUUUGAGGCUCAGCCGCUUUUCUCUGCAGAGUGCUGACAAGAAGGGCUUAGUCUUCCAGGCUUUCACCGGUGGCUUGAGGAAGUAUCUGCAUUACUACAGGGCUUGCGUUCUUAGCACACCACCCACUCUUAGCCUGCUGACCAUUGGCUUUCUCUUCCGCAAAGUGGGUCGCCAACUCAGAUACCUGUCAGAACUGUGCUGUGUGGAUGGGCCUUUGGGUGCAGGCCAGGCCACCUUCCCCGUGGGUGUUAAACUGCUGUCCUACCUGUACAGUGAAGCACAGAAUAACUGCAGCAACGAGAACUACCCUGUUCUUCUUUCGUUGCUGAAGAGCAGCUGUGAACCUUACACACGGUUUGUGUCUGACUGGGUGUACAGUGGCGUGUUUCGUGAUGUUUAUGGAGAGUUCAUGAUCCAGGUCAAUGAGGAAUACCUUAGCUACAGAGACAAACACUUCUGGGUCCAAGGCUACACUCUGAUCUCAAAGGAUGUGGAGGAUUGUGUGCCAGUCUUCUUGAGACACAUUGCCAAUGAUGUGUAUGUGUGUGGAAAGACUAUCAACCUCCUCAAAAUCUGCUGCCCACAGCACUACAUCUGCUGGUCGGAGCUGCCAGUACCCCGCAUCGCUGUCACCUUCUCUCUCCAGGAGGUGGAGGAGAUUGAGAGAGACUGUGCAGUGUAUCGCGGACGCAUGGAGAGAAUUGCAAAGCACAGUGCUAUCAGCAGGGAGGAACAAGCCCUGAGGGCAGAGCAGGCACGCCAGGAGCUGAUCAAUCAGGUCAGAGAGUCAGCAGCCAAAACCCUGGAGAGCAUCCGCGGACGCCAGGUGUCACAACGUCUGGCUGAGGAGGCCAAGAAAAGGGAGCGUUUCGAGGAACUGAAACAGCACCUGGAGCAGGAGCAAGAGUGGAGAAGUGCAGCCAAGAAGAAGCAGGAGGAGGACGACUUCAGCUUUGCCAGAGAGCUGAGGGACAGAGAAAAGAGACUUCAAGCUUUGGAGGAGCAGCUGGAGCAGAGAGCUAGGAAGGAGCUGAUCGCUCAGUAUAGCCGUCUAUCGGAGGAAGCAGCUCGCAGAGAGAGACGAGCCAUGUGGAGAGUGCAGCGAAUGAGACUUGAUGAAGCUCGUGCUCACUUUUUCAGGGAUGACAGGCAGAAAACUCAGGCCAUACUGGAAAAAUAUCCCUUGGGUCAGGAGAGACCUCCUUUGGAAGAAUUUCCCACCCAGGAGCUGUCAGUGCAGCAGACAACAAAGGCUCAAGAAUCUGAAGCUGUAUCACCACCACACGAUCUGUCUUCGCCAAAGAUUGCACAGGUUACAGCGGACCCUGCCCUCAUCUCUGAGGAAAUUGACAUCAGUGACUUUCUUCCCAAGUCUCCGAAGUCUGAGAGUCAGCAGGUAGAUAUGGCCCUACAGGAGAUUGGCUCUGACCUACCCAAAGCCUGUCCUACAGCUCAACUAGUAGACUAUGACUUUAGUGCCCCCUUUAGUCCACUUGAGGGUAUCACUGGCCAAGCCUCAGUCCAGCCCAGGCCCCGCUGGGGACCUGUAGUCCUGCCUGACAUGAUCCAAAACCACCCCUUUCACAUCUCCUCUGAAGAGAAAAUUCCUCAAGUCCAGGAAACUGUAACCAAAGCUAGCCCGCUAGCCGGAGCCUCUCAGUCCAGCUCUCUAGGCCAGCACACCCCAGAGGAGUCUGAAAAGAGCAGUGUGUGCACACAACCGUCACAAGCCUCAGCACAGCAGGUGGAUGGGAGUGGCUCAAAUACAGGCAACGAACACAAGGAAUCUACACCUAUACCCCAACAGGGUGCAGAAAUAGGGAUUCUCGAAAGUAAACCAGAAGACAGACAAUCCAAAGAUGACAUGGUUAACAAGGCUCUUUCCACUACAACAGUGCAAGGUGACCAAGGUGAUCACAAAGUCCUGACAAGUCUUUCUAAUGGUGGUGGGGUGGAGCCACAGGAGACAGGCACUAAAGAGCAAAGCUCAGACGCACACAAUAAAGAUGGAAAAAAUAUUCCUUUGCCAGACUUUCACAGGCCUCUCUCCAGUCCUCAUUCAGAUGUCAGUCAAACUUCACCCACGAUCCAUGGACAUUCCUCUGAUGCUCACAUAAAGAUCGGACAGUAUGUGUCAGAAGUAACUGCUGCACUUCCAUCGCAGAACAUCCACGGCCAUGCAUCAGAUUCACACAUCAAAAUUGGAGGUCAUGUUUCAGAAGUCGAUGCUCCUAUACCUUCUCCUAGCAUCCAUGGUCACGCUUCCGAUGCUCACGUCAAAAUUGGGGAAAACGUUUCAGAGUUUGUCGCUCCUCUUCCUACUCCAAAUGUCCACGGCCACGUCUCAGAUGCCCACAUAAAAAUUGGGGAACUCAUUCCAGAUGUAGUUGCCCCUCUACCUUCGCCCAGUGUUCACGGGCACAGUUCAGAUGCUCAUAUUAAAGUUGGAGAAAAUGUAUCAGAGAUUGUUGUACCACUCCCUACUCCCAGCAUCCACGGUCAUUCGUCUGACGCAAAUAUAAAAGUUGGUGAGUUUGUGUCCAACAUUCCCGAAGCAAAACCUCAUUGCAGUAAGCACGGGCACGCUUCAGACAGCACCCUUCAGCCAGGUUGUCUGGUAUCUGGAGCAGAACCAUCCUUGUCGCCUUUGCCUGGAAGCUCUUACGGACACUCAUCAGACUCAGCGUUAGGUGUUGGGUGUGUAGUUUCAGGAGAUGAGCCCAAGCGGUCUCCUCUGCCCGGCAGUGCCCACGGCCAUUCUUCAGACUCAAAUUUAGGUGUUGGAUGUGUUGUUUCUCAAAGUGAACCGCUUCCAUCGCCGCUGCCAGGCAGCAGCUAUGGACACUCGUCUGAUUCAACACUGGGGAUAGGCUGUGUGGUGUUGGGGACUGAGCCACAACCUGCCCCAUUGCCAGGCAGUACUUAUGGACACUCAUCAGAUUCUUCACUUGGUGUUGGAUGUGUGGUGAAGGACAAAGAAACUGGAAAUCAGCAGAAAGUAAAGGGCAACGAAUACAACAAAGGUUUUGUGUCAGGAUGCCCCAGUGAGCAGCUGGCUGAGGGCAUGGGGUCCUGGACAACCUGCUUAGGGUUGUCCCCUGGAGAAAAGUCCGAGCAGGAAUACCUCUUGGCUUUGGCUGCCCAUUACCAGGUGGAACAGUAUGAGGACUGCUACAACCUAAUGGCUUCGUCCCCUACGUGUCAGCUGCUGAAGCAGGUAACGCGGGGCCCCUGGGGCCUUCCUGUGGACCCCACACUCCACAGAGCCACAGCUGUCCAACUCAGUGAGAUGGUUUCCCUGCCAGUCCUUAUAAAACACUCUGUCACUGCACCGCUCAUCACACAUGUAUCUUUAGUGAACAAGGCUGUGGUGGACUACUUUUUUGUGGAGCUCGGUGUGGAAAGACACUUUGAGGCGCUGCGCCACUUCCUGCUGAUGGAGGACGGCGAAUUUGCGCAGUCCCUCAGUGAUCUGCUGUUUGAGAAGCUGGCCAGUGGCCAAACCCCAGGCGAGCUCCUAACUCCUUUAGUCCUGAAUUCCAUCCUCAGCAAGGCCCUGCAGUACAGCUUACAUGGGGACACACCUUUGGCUGGAAACUUCACCUUCGCACUUCGCUUCCUCCCCGAGACCUUCCACCCACAUGCCCCGGACUCUCUUAACUGCUUGGAGCUGCGCUACAAGGUCGACUGGCCGUUGAAUAUCAUCAUCACAGACAGCUGCAUGAACAAAUACAACCGCCUGUUUUCGUUCCUGCUGCAGCUCAAACACAUGGUGUGGAGCCUUCGUGAUGUCUGGUUUCACCUCAAGAGAACAGCGCUGGUGAAAGGCGCAGGUCGCUCGGUGCAGUUCCAUCAGCUGCAGCUGUACAGACACGAGAUGCAGCAUUUUGUCAAGGUGAUACAGGGAUACAUCGCUAAUCAAAUCCUGCAAGUGUCCUGGAGUGAGUUCACAGCCAAAUUGGCCACUGCCAACGACCUAGAUGCCAUCCACCGUACACAUGCAGACUACCUCAACAGAGCCAUCUUCAGGGGUUUGCUGACAGAGAAAGCAGCUCCGGUCAUGAACAUCAUCCACAGCAUCUUCAGCCUGAUCCUCAAGUUUCGGGCCCAGCUAAUUGCACAGCCCUGGGACAACCAGCAGGGGGAGGCAGUGCACCCAAGCUUCAUUGCCAUGCAGCAGUCGUACAACACCUUCAAGUAUUACUCUCACUUUCUUUUCAAAGUGGUGACCAAGCUGGUGAACAGAGGCUAUCAACCACAUUUAGAAGAUUUCCUGCUUCGCAUCAACUUCAACAACUACUACAAAGACUCAUGAUCUUAAAGGAAUCCUUUCUUCUAAAAAGUGGGUUUAAUAUGUCUGUAAUUCUUUUUUUUCCCACCUUUAUUUCAUGACCAAAAUACCUUUAAAUGCUGCCUGCAGUAUAUUAUAGGACGUAGCUGUGACACUUAAAACUAUUCAGGCAUUUGUCCUGAAUCAGUGUACAGAAUUUAAUGUGUGCUUGAAUAAUUAAAAACAGCUUCUGAAUAAAUCUAUGUGCUGUGAGUGAGUGAGUGAGUGAGUGAGUGAGUGAGUGAGUGAGUGAGUGAGUGAGUGAGUGAGUGAGUGAGUGAGUGAGUGAGUGAGUGUGUGUGUGUGUGUGUGUGUGUGUGUGAGAGCAAGACAGUGUGAGAGAGACUGAGAUGACACUAUUGUAAUACAUCACUUGCUGAGGUGUGCACACAGCUGUGUAUAUUUUUAGAAACUAUAAGUGUCAGAUAAAUGUACAUGCUACAGCAGAUGCUUUUCUAAAUAAAAUCUCUAUUCUCUG